AUGGGGGGCAGCAUGGAGGAGCAGCUGCAGGUGCCGGCGGCGGCGAAGAAGAUCGCGGUGCCGUUGAAGAAGCACCACCCCAACCUCCACGUGGCCCACGCCGGCGCGGGCAAGGGCGGCGGGGAGGCGCCGGCGGUGAUGGUGACCACGCCCAAGGCGGCGUCGCAGGGGCCGAAGCACGCGCACCUGCUGGCGAGCCCCCGGGCGUGCCUCUGCUCGCCGACGACGCACGCCGGGUCGUUCCGGUGCAGGCUCCACCGCGCCGGCGCCGGCGCCGGCCUCCACGAGAUGGGCAAGAAGACCAGCCCCGGCGCGUGA